AUAUUCUUGUCCGUACGAUACCAACAAAAGCUUCGCCAUUCUCCUCAAAACUACCUUCCGCGCUCUGCUCUCUUCUUCUCAUGCAUGUCCACUACACCCACCUGCCCUCCUCUUCCACACCCCCACCCCCCACAUUUGCUCUCUCUUCUUCAAACACAUUUCCUUCAGUCUUAAUUAGUUCACGUUUAGAAUAAUUCAUAAAGCUUUUCCGCUAUAUUGUUAUACGUAUCUUUUCCUUUAUAAUUAAUUCCAUGGAGGAAGAAAAAUUUGAGGAUGACGAAAAACAUGCAUUGGAAGGUCUGAGCAUGGAGCCAGCACCGCGUAAAAAGGCUCAUUCAUACAGCCACCAGCUUCGUACCAAUACCGGAACUCACCACAAGCGUUACCACAAGUUCCGACAUCACAGCUUUGAUAUUCCCACAAACCUCAUCGAUAACAAUAAUCACGGGUUAAUAUACGAUGACGACGAUUCUUCUGACGGUGAUGAAGAUUUUUAUCCUUAUAUUUCGACGUCAGGGCAGGUGUUUGAUGCAGGUAUCGGGCUGACGAUGGGAGUUGUGUCGGAUAAUGUUAAUCAAGGACAGCAACAGCCGUUGCCGGAGUUUAUUGGAAGUGGUGGUGGAGCUGGGAUUUUUAAAGUGCCAACUCGUGCCUCUGUUCAUCCCUCUCGUCCAUCUUGCCAUGAACUCAGACCUCACCCCCUAAGAGAAACCCAGGUUGGAAAUUUUUUGAGGACGAUAGCCUGUACAGAGACACAAUUAUGGGCAGGACUAGAAUGUGGGAUAAGAGUAUGGAAUUUUUCAGAUCAGUAUAAGCCAGGAAUGGGAAUUGGAGAAAGGGCAAGGAGAGGAGAUGAGGAUGCCGCACCAUUUCACGAGUCGGCAAAUACAACACCCACAUUAUGCUUGAUGGUUGAUAGUGGGAGUAGGUUGAUAUGGAGUGGACACAAAGAUGGCAAGAUUAGGUCCUGGAAGAUGGACCAAUCAAAUGCUGAUGAAUCUCCUUUCAAGGAAGGCCUCUCCUGGCAGGCUCAUCGUGGUUCUGUUCUUUCUAUGGUCAUGUCUUCUUAUGGUGAUAUAUGGUCAGGGUCCGAGGGUGGUAACAUUAGGGUUUGGCCAUGGGAAUCUGUUGAAAAAUCUCUCUCUCUAUCACCGGAAGAAAAACACAUGGCUGCUUUACUUGUGGAAAGGUCAUUCAUUGACCUUAGGAGCCAAGUUACAAUUAAUGGUGUCUGUAACAUCUCAUCUUCUGAUGUGAAGUGCUUGUUGUCUGAUCAUAUAAGAGCAAAAGUGUGGGCAGCUGGAUCAGCAUCCUUCUCAUUAUGGGAUGCACGUACAAGGGAACUCCUUAAAGUUUACAAUGCAGAAGGUCAAAUUGAAAAUCGAGUUGACAUGUCAUCAGUGCAAGACCAAGCAACAGAGGAUGAGAUGAAUGCCAAGUUUGUAACAAAAUCUAAAAAGGAAAAGUCACAAGGAAGUAGCUUUCUGCAGCGGUCACGCAAUGCUAUAAUGGGAGCAGCAGAAGCUGUUCGCCGAGUUGCUACAAAGGGGGCAGGAGCAUUUGCAGAAGACAGUAAGAAAACAGAAGCCCUUGUGAUUGCAGCUGAUGGAAUGAUUUGGAGUGGGUGUUCAAAUGGUUUACUUGUGCAGUGGGAUGGAAAUGGAAACCGUUUGCAAGAUUUCCAUCACCAUCCUUGUGCUGUUUUAUGCUUAUGCAUUCAUGGUUCUCGAAUAUGGGUUGGCUAUGUAAGUGGCAUGGUACAGAUGCUGGAUCUCGAAGGAAACUUUCUAGCUGGUUGGGUUGCUCACAACGGGCCUGUAGUAAAAAUGGUAGUUGGGGAUAACUAUCUCUUCAGCUUGGCUACUCAUGGUGGUAUACGUGGAUGGAGUCUUGCCUCUCCAGGACCUAUUGAUAACAUAAUACGACCAGAGUUAGCUGAGAAAGAACAUUUGUACACCAGAAAAGAAAAUUUCAGGAUUUUAGUUAGCACCUGGAAUGUUGGUCAGGGAAGAGUUUCGCAGGAAGCGCUUUCAGCUUGGCUUGGUUCGGCAGUUUCAGAUGUUGGAAUAGUAGUGGCUGGGUUGCAAGAAGUCGAAAUGGGAGCUGGUUUUCUUGCAAUGUCUGCUGCAAAAGAAACUGUAGGAUUGGAAGGAAGUGCAAUGGGGCAAUGGUGGCAGGACGCAAUAGGGAAGGCAUUGGAUGAAGGAUCAACUUUCGAACGUGUAGGAUCAAGGCAACUAGCUGCAUUGCUUAUUGCUAUCUGGGUGAGAAAAUCUCUCAGAAAACAUGUUGGAGACCUUGAUGUUGGAGCAGUUGCAUGUGGUUUAGGACGUGCAAUUGGUAACAAGGGUGGCGUUGGUCUGAGGUUAAGAGUAUUUGAUCGAAUAAUGUGCUUUGUAAACUGUCACUUGGCUGCUCAUUUGGAAGCAGUAAAUCGUCGCAAUGCUGAUUUUGACCAUAUAUAUCGAACAAUGUCCUUCACUCGGUCUUCUAACCUUCUCAACAAUGCUGCUGGUAUGCUGCGAUACCUGUUUUUCUAUUGCACUGUUGUCUUCUCCACAUAUUUACUAUGGCUGCUUUACUCUUCUGGCUUGCCAUUGGUCCUCUCUCUUGCAGUUGGCGUUUCAUCUGCUGCUCAAAUGCUUCGUGGUACAAAUGCUGCAGCAAUUAAUUCUGAUGAGGGAAAGCUUGACCUUGCUGAAGCUGACAUGGUGAUUUUCUUUGGUGAUUUCAAUUAUCGUCUUUUCGGGAUAUCUUAUGACGAAGCAAGGGACUUUAUCUCGCAAAGAAGCUUUGAUUGGCUUCGAGAGAGAGAUCAAUUAAGAGCAGAAAUGAAAUCUGGAAAAGUUUUCCAAGGAAUGCGCGAAGCAAUCAUCAGAUUUCCUCCAACUUACAAGUUUGAAAGGGGGAAACCAGGAUUAGGAGGAUAUGAUUCAGGAGAGAAGAAACGAAUUCCAGCUUGGUGUGAUCGAGUAUUGUAUCGAGACAACCGGUCAAGUACUACUGCGGAGUGCAGUUUAGGGUGCCCUGUUGUUGCCUCCAUUAUACAGUACGAGGGUUGCAUGGAAGUAACAGAAAGUGAUCAUAAACCUGUAAGGUGCAAGUUUGAUGUUGAACUUGCUCAUAUUGAUAGAUCAGUAAGGAGACAAGAGUUUGGGAAUAUUUUCCAGAACAAUGAUAGAAUCAAGUCUAUACUGGAAGAACUACAUUAUAUCCCAGAGACAGAUGUUAGCACCACCCAAAUUGUUCUUCAGAAUCAGGACACAUUCAGCUUAAAAAUUUCCAACAGAAGUAGAGAAGACAAAGUUCUCUUCCAGUUGACCUGCUGUGGUCGGUCCCCUGCCAAAGAGGAUGGGCAAGCAUCAGAGUAUCAUCCCAGAGGUUCCUUUGGUUUUCCCAGGUGGCUUGAGGUCACACCUGCGGCUGGCAUCAUCAAACCUGAUCAAGCCGCUGAGAUCUUAGUUCGUCAUGAGGAUAGCCAGUCAUUAGGAGAUUCUGUUGAUGGUAUUCCUCAAAGCUGGUGGUCUGAGGAUACAAGAGACAAAGAGGUGAUUUUGAUGAUCAGUAUUAAAUCGAGUCAGUCAACUGAGGCCAGAACACAUCAAGUACAUGUGCGCCACAGCUUCACACCUGAUGCAGUUCGCGUGAACUCAAAGAACAGUAGGAGUAACCAAGGAAGCUCCCAUCAUAGGUCUGCACUUAAACAUGUUGGCAAUACCUCGAAUAAGAUGAAAGACCAUCAAAACAUUCGAGUUCCUUGAUAUCUACAUGAAAACCUAAGAAGCUACAAAUACAGUUGCAUCACCAGAGGAUUCCAACCAGUUUGGAUUUUCUUUGCUGUCAAUACUUGAUAGGAUCUUGAUGUAAAUACUCAUACACAAUUAGUAUAAAAGCUUGUUUUCCCGCUCAGAGAAUGUUGCCAAAAAGUAUAAGAUUUGCUCAUCCAUUUUUUGUUGGAAUCAGGUCCUAAAUACUUAUCUUUGACUGAAGACUUAUGAUCAACUUUUGGUUGUGAUCACUGGAAAUCUGUUUGUGCUUCACCAAGAGGACAAUUUGUUUGUUCUAGUGUUACCAAUUUUGUAUUGUAAAUUUGAUUUUUGGUUAAGCUUUUUGGAAUCACAUAAUAGUGUUCUUCUGAUGCCUUAUUUUCGCCGCAAUCAACACCUUAUAUCCAGAAGUAGGUUA